AUGGGGAUGUUUCCAGAGGACGCAAUAAUUCCAGUGUAUAAAUUGGCAAGUUUAUGGACCGCGGAAGGAUUCGUGCUAGAUAUUGAAUCUGCUGAAGAUUACUUGAUGGAUCUCAUCCACAGUAAUGUGGUAAUGGUUUUAAAGAGAGAAUAUAACGAAAAAGUCAAAUACUGCCAGGUUCAUGAUGUAGUGCUUCACUUUUGCUUGGAGAAGAGUAGAAAAGAAAAUUUUAUGCUGGCAGUGAAGGGGCAUGGUUGCCAGUUUCAAUCUUUGGAUUGGAAGGGAAGUCGAGUGAGCUUCAGUUUCAGUGAAGAGCUUUCCAAGUUUGCAUCUCUGGUCUCCAAAACACGGAAGCCUUUCCACCAACACUUGAGGUCAUUGAUAACGACCAAUCAAAGAGAUUCUAUUGGUGUGAUUCCCGUCUGUCAGAUUAAUGAAUUGCGACUUCUUAAAGUCUUGGAUUUGAGUUCUUAUUAUGUGGAGUCUUUGUGGUUAGCUAGAUUAAACCCACUUAAUCAGCUGAAGUACCUCGCAGUUUGGGCAGGUACUUUCUAUUUUGAUCCACAAUCACAUCUGCCCCAUAUAGAAACUUUAAUUGUGACGAGUUGUUUUUAUGAUGUACUGUUACCAGUGUCUUUUUGGGAAAUGGAAAAAUUAAGGCAUGUUCAUUUUGCUGGCGCUGGUUUUGAUAAGCAGGGACUUUUUGAAGGAUCCUCUAAAUUGGAAAAUUUGAGGAUAUUAAAGGAAAUUGAGGAAUUUCCAAUUGAUUGGCUGGAUGUGUUAUCAAGGAGGUGUCCUAAUCUUCAACAACUUCAAAUCACAUUUGAGGAUGAUGAAGAGCCUUUUUGUCCCAAAUUGGAGAGUCUUACCCAGCUUCAAGAACUUCAACUUUCCUUUGUGCAUCCCCGCAUUCUAUCCGGGUUACAGUUGCCUUCAAAUUUAAACAAAUUGGUACUUAAAGGAAUUCAUAUAGAAAGUGCUAUUUCCUUCAUUGCGGAACUACCAAGCCUGGAGUAUCUCCAAUUACUAGAUGUGUGUUUUCCUCAAUCAGAAGAGUGGUGCCUUGGAGAUAUCACAUUCCAUAAACUUAAGUCGUUGAAACUGGUGCAGUUAAAUAUCUCAAAGUGGGAUGCCUCGGAGGAAUCAUUUCCCUUGCUUGAAACACUUCUUUGCUGA